AUGUACACCGAAAGUUACUCUUCAGUUUCAAUAGAAAUGGUUUAUCUAAUACAUAAAACAAGAAUUUUUAACAAACAAAAGAAACUUGUAAUACAAAAUUUUGAUGAUUUUAUUUACCAUAACUUUCAAAUAUUAAAAGAAUUUAAGAAUUAUGUAGAUAUACUAGAAACUGAAAUAUUAUUAAAGGUUAUAUUAAAACAGGUUAAUCAAUACAAUAAUUUUGUAAUUAUAAAUGGCAAGUUUAAUGGAUUUGAGAAAGAAUUUUUAAGACAACUUUGCAUAAAGAAAAAUUUAAAUAUUAUAAACUUUUUGUUUUAA